AUGUUCAACCUAAUUCCCAUCAUCAGCACAACUUUUAUUCCUCUGGUGUCGUUGUCCUCAUUGACAAUCUAUCUAUCGACUCAUCCUGCAUCUCCCAUCUACACUCUGUUUCAAAAGCGUAUCGCCCUACCCACUCAUCAGGAUGAAGAUUUCAACGAACGUUAUGACAUUGUCGAAAAAGACCCUUUCAACAUCGAAGAUCCUGUAGUAUGCGAAGAUGGUACUCCGGUCGAUCCAGAAAGCUUCUGGACAUCAAUGAGAAGACGAAAAAUAGGCGUGUUGCUGUUGAUGAUCCCACCCUUGAUCUGCAACAUCCUCUUGCUCAUCUUCGCAAUUAUCGCUCACACACCUGAUCAAGAUGAGAAGACCCGAUCGAUCAUCCUACCUUCGCUUCUUCUGCCAUCGCAAAUAGUUACCCUUUAUCUCGCCUACUGUCAUAUUUCUCAGAAAGAGACUCAGCCUCACUGGGCUACGACUGUUCACCUCUCGAUCGAUAUUUUCAUUCAAUUUAUGGUCCUGGCUUUCCUCGCUCUUCUCCCUUCAACACCACUUCCGUCCGCUCCUACCGGGUUAUUCGCAUCAUUCGCUCGUAUCGAUGUAUUUGCAAUUCCUCGUUUCACCCCUGUCUCGCUCCUCAAAAUGCUUCUUCCUAUUCUCUACGUAUUUCCCCUUCUUACGAUCCUCUCCGUACGACGGGGUCCCCCUCUUUAUCUUCCCUUGGACGCCAUAUAUCCAAGCAAGAUCAUCGAAUCAGUACCUUUGGGAACGGAGUCGCUUGACCCUAGUAAACCCAAUGUCAGCGCUGAAGUUCAAGCAAACGUGCCGGAAUGGCUUUUAUUUGGUUACGCUACUCCUGUCAUACGUAAAGGCUAUUAUUCAGAUAGUUUAGAUGUUUGGGAUCUGCCCAUUUUACCAAAAAGUCUUCGUGCUCUCGUGCAAUACCGACAUAUGAGGGGAAUAUACGGGAGACCUAAGGGUCGAUUUGGACGUAAAGAGGGCUUCAACCUUCUAUGGAAGGUAGCCAAAGCUAACUCAGGGCUGCUAUGGGCUCAAACCCUUCUUGCUACUGCUACCGCUUUCGGAUACUAUAUUCCACAUUAUAUACUGUUGAAAUUCGUGGAAUAUCUCGAAAACGAUCCCACACGAUCUGCUCCCGCUUGGGGCUGGCUGCUCUGCUUUGGAUUGUUCAUGUCAAACGCUAUCAUGUUCAUCGCCACUGGAGUGACUUGGUCAAUCAGCUCUACCUAUUUGCAAGCGCGAAUCAAACUCCAGCUGAACACACUGCUCUUCAGCAAGACCUUGCGAAAGAAGGACAUCGCCGCAGCUGGCGAUGAUAAAGGACAAGUGGGAGAUGUCAAGGCGGAGGCAGCUAAAGACCAGAAGAAGAAGGAAGCUGCAGGCGAAGAUGGAGCCGAGGAUGAAGAAGCUGUCAGCUCUAAAACUCAGAUCAUGACCCUGUUCACAGUCGACGUUGAUCGUGUCACUGAUUUUGUAUUCCAUCUUUUUGCGGUCGUCGAUUCACCUUUAGAGCUCCUUGUUGCGAGCGUUUUCGUCUUCAAGCUCUUAGGCAUCUCCGCCUUAUACGGACUGUUGACCGCUAUUUUAUCAUUACCUCUUAAUCACAUCGCCUCAAAGAUCGUUGUCAGAGCACAAGAGAAUCUCAUGAAGACACGAGAUCAGCGUACAGCUUUGAUGAAUGAAAUACUUCAAGGUAUACGGAUGCUCAAAUUUAUGGCAUGGGAACGGUCAUUCGAGUCUCGUAUAAAGACCAUCAGGAAGAAUGAGUUAUCUUGGCAAGCUCGUAAUUACCAGAUCGAAGUGGCAUUCAAUUGUAUCUGGGCUCUCACACCGGUACUCGUUACUGUCGUGUCUUUCCUGCAUUACACCCUAGUUCGCGGCAAGACACUUACCCCAUCUACCGCCUUCACGUCGGUCGCUGUAUUUGCCGAAUUGAGAUAUGCUCUCAACGCUCUGCCGGAGACCUUUAUCGAAGCUUUACAAGGUUUUGUCUCCUGUCGUCGUAUCGAGAAAUAUCUCUCACUCGCUGAAAUUGCGCCAAUCGAAGAAAAUGAUGGUCAAGGAGAUAUUGUAUUGUCAUCGGCCACAUACACAUGGCCUCGGGAUGAUUCUGCUGUUCCCAAUACCCAGAAUGGAUCAUCUCGAUCAACCGCCACGACUCCAAAGAAUGCUUUCACUCUUGCCGAUCUCUCGCUCAGAUUCCCGAAGGGAAAGCUUUCUCUGAUAUGCGGAUCCGGGAAAUCUCUACUCCUGGCGGGUCUGCUCGGUGAAGCCGAUCUGUUAGCUGGUCAAGUUAUCUGUCCUCGAUCUUCGCCAGACUCAAUGGGCUAUUCCGAGAAGGAGAUACCUGACACAGACUGGAUUAUUCCCAACCUGGUUGCUUUCGUACCUCAACAAGCGUGGCUUCAGAACGCCUCGAUCAAGGACAACAUCGUUUUCUCUUCACCUUGGAACCCGCAAAGAUACCAACAGGUCAUCGAAGCAUGCUCAUUGACUACUGAUCUGGAGAUACUUGAGGAUGGUGAUCAAACUGAGAUUGGUGAGAAAGGAUUAAAUCUCAGUGGCGGUCAAAAGGCUCGAGUGUCGCUUGCCCGUGCCGUGUAUAGUCGUGCCGGCGUAUUGUUGCUCGAUGAUGUCCUGAGUGCUGUAGACGCCCAUACAGCUCAUGCACUCAUGGCAAAUUGUCUGCAAGGCCGGAUCCUGGAAGGAAGAACGGUACUCCUGGUCUCCCAUCAUACUGCUUUGGUCUCACCUGGUGCCGCCUACAUCGUUGCUCUCGAGAACGGCGAUGUGAAAUUUUCCGGAACUCGGGACGACUUCGUAGCCUCCGGACUUAUGGCCAAGCUAGAUGAAGAAGAUCUUCAAGCCAAACCCACGGAAGGUGAAGCUAAAGAGGAGAAACUCGUGGACGAAACAGCCCUAAAGGCUACGCAUAAGAGUGUUAUAAGCUUGAGUGGGGUUACAGGAUCUGAUCCUGGCUCGGAAACCAGCUCACUCGCGCCUGAAGAUGAAACGACUCUCGCUAAUUCGACUAUCGACGUCAAACCCAAGGUUCCCCGAAAACUGAUAGAAGACGAGAAACGUGCUCGAGGCAGAAUUGCGUGGUCCGUAUGGAAGACUUACUUCGGGGCUUUGGGAGGACCCAUCUGGUGGAUUUUCUUCAUACUUGCUCUGGCCAUGGCAAUGGUCGUCCCUGUGGCCGAAAAGGGUUGGCUUGAAUAUUGGACAGGUUCAAAUCAGUCAACGGCCCAAGCCGGACAUACCGCCCAAUACUUCGUUGUUGGCUACGCAGCGAUCACUAUCAUUGGAGUGUUUGCUUCCAAUUUCCAAUAUGUUAUAAUCUAUCUAGGCUCACUACAAGCAAGUAAAAAGCUACACAACGCAAUGCUCGAAUCCGUCUUGUUCUCUACGCUACGAUUCCAUGACACCACCAGUCGAGGUAGAUUGCUCAAUAGAUUCGGCAAAGACAUCGAAGGUCUGGACUCAAGUACUGCUGAUAAUUUCGUCCGAAGUCUUACACUUGGACUGAAUGUGGUUGUGACUUUCAUUUCCAUUACUUACGUGGGCGGCCUACCAUUCAUUCUCGCAGGAAGUGUCAUCCUGGUGAUUUACUAUCAAGCCGGAUCCAUUUACGGUCAAACCUCUCGAGACAUGAGACGACUUGACUCUGUCACUAGGUCCCCGCUCUAUUCUCUGUUCGGCGAGACAGUAUCGGGGGUUUCUGUACUGCGAGCUUUUGGAGCGAGUACGAUAUCAUUGAAGCAUAUGAUGAGACUGGCGGACACGAACGUCUUAGCUUUCGUAUGGUCAUGGACGGUCAAUCGAUGGCUUUCGGCUCGUUUCAAUCUUCUAUCAGCGGUUCUGGUCGGUCUUACUGCAGUUGCUGUACUUAUCGCCCCAGGAGUGGAUGCCGCAAUGGCGGGUUUCGCCUUGUCCUUUGCCGGGACUAUCUGUCAUGACCUUCUGUUUGUCGUGAGACGAUUUGUGCAGCUCGAACAGAGUAUGGUUGCAAUCGAGCGUCUCAAAGAGUUCACCGAUCUUCAGCGUGAAGCUGCUGAGUUCGUUGAGCCGAGGCCUCCUGCGUCAUGGCCAGAAUCAGGAGCUAUUACCGUCGAAAAACUCAUCAUCAGAUACGCUCCUGAUCUUCCCGAUGUACUCCAUAGUAUCAGUUUUACGGUAGCCCCUCGUGAAAAAAUUGGUAUUGUCGGUGCGACUGGCUGUGGAAAAUCGACUCUGGCUUUGAGCUUUUUCCGUUUUGUAGAAGCCACCGAAGGUAGAAUUGUCAUUGACGGGGUUGACAUCUCCAAAAUUGGUCUUACCGACUUACGUAGUCGGGUGACGAUCAUUCCUCAAGAUCCGACAAUUUUAUCAGGAACCCUUCGAUCGACCUUGGACGUUUUCGACGAGUACGAUGAUGCUGACAUCUAUGCGGCCUUGAGACGAGUCCAUCUUAUCAAAGACGACGAGCCUUUAGGGGAUGCCGUAGAUGCUGAAGAUGAGGAAGGCAGGAACAAGAACGUGUUCAGAGAUCUGUCCAAUCCAGUUAGCGAGGGAGGAGACAAUUUCUCCAGCGGAGAGAAACAACUUAUCUGCAUGGCCCGAGCUAUAUUGAAGCGCAAUAAGAUAUUGUUCAUGGAUGAAGCUACUGCAUCUAUCGAUUACGAAACGGACGAACUCAUUUCAAAAACCAUUCGAGAGGAAUUCUCUGACUCUACGAUCUUGACAAUUGCUCAUCGUAUACACACGAUCAUCGAUUUUGACAAAGUCCUUGUGAUGGACCAGGGUCGGAUAGCCGAAUUUGCUAGUCCUGCCGAAUUAUUGAGAGAUCACAAAUCCAAGUUCUACGCCUUGUGCAAAGCAACCGGUCGGACUGAAUUUAAAAACCUCAAAGAGUUGGCGAUGCAAGCCGAGAGGAAGAAGAGAAGAUCUUGA